AUGUCACGAGAAGCCUUAAUUAAUAGAAUAACCAAUGAAACCAAGAUUCAAAUUGCUAUCAAUUUAGAUGGUGGUAAACUUGAAUUGAAAGAAUCUAUAUUCCCAAAUCAAUCUGUUGAUGAACAUCAUGCUAAACAAGUCUCUGGAUCACAAUAUAUCAAUGUGCAAACAGGUAUUGGGUUUCUUGAUCAUAUGAUUCAUGCGUUGGCUAAACAUUCAGGCUGGUCAUUAAUUGUUGAAUGUAUUGGGGAUUUACAUAUUGAUGACCACCACACUGCUGAAGAUGUGGGUAUAAGUUUAGGAAUGGCUUUUAAACAAGCAUUAGGACAGAUUAAGGGAGUGAAAAGAUUUGGCCAUGGGUUUGCUCCUUUAGAUGAAGCAUUGAGUAGAGCAGUUGUUGAUUUAUCUAAUAGGCCAUUUGCAGUCAUUGAAUUAGGAUUGAAAAGAGAAAAAAUUGGUGAUUUGUCAACAGAAAUGAUCCCUCAUGUUUUGGAAAGUUUUGCAGGUGCUGCUGGUAUUACCAUUCAUGUUGAUUGUUUAAGAGGGUUCAAUGAUCAUCAUAGAGCUGAAAGUGCAUUUAAAGCAUUAGCCAUUGCCAUUAAAGAAGCUAUUUCUAAAACCGGGAAAAACGAUAUUCCAAGCACUAAAGGUGUAUUAUCAUAA